GUGAGAUUCCUGAGGCCCUUCAUUUCUGGGGAGCUGGGCGUUCACCCCGAGUGACGUUGUUCGUUGGGGUGCUUCCUCAUUGGGCAGCUCCAUCCGCCAAGCCAAUGUAAUCCCCUCCAGCUCGACGCCUAUUUUCUCAGCCCUACAGCUCCACGGCCAGCGCAACAGUCGAGCACGCGACGACGCCCACCGCGACUCUUACCUCGAUCAGCCAGCGGUUGUAUGCCCAUUCGUAUUGUUUUGCCCUAUCCUCAGCGCGCACACUGUGUUGGAGCCUCGGCCCCCGUUUCACCCGCCGCCACCCAGGGUCUUUGCCCUCCCCACUCGCCCCUCGUUGCCUCCUCUCCGUCCGACUCCUACGCCACACUCGACUCUUCUCUAUAGACCCCGCCCACCAUGGAUAGCAACCAGCAGGGCUUCGAUCAGUCCAAAUACCUCGACAAUGCCAUCCGCGCCGUCAAGGAGAAGAAGCCCCUCCCCGAAAUCGACUUCACCCUGCAUACCAUGGAAGAUGGCACCCAAGUGAGCACUCUGGAGCGCGUCUGCAAAGACGUCCAAGCGCCCGCCUUCAACCCGCCUACGCAGGAUCAGUUCUUGUCACCGCAAGAUCGAACGAAGCCCAAUCUCCAGUUCCUGAAGCAGCAUUUCUACCGCGAAGGCCGUUUGACCGAGGAUCAAGCGCUAUGGAUCAUACGGAAGGGGACGGAGAUUCUGAAGUCGGAGCCCAAUCUGUUGGAGAUGGACGCGCCCAUCACGGUGUGUGGCGAUGUCCAUGGGCAGUACUACGACCUCAUGAAGCUGUUCGAAGUGGGCGGGGACCCCGCGGAGACGCGCUACCUGUUCCUGGGCGACUACGUUGAUCGGGGUUACUUCAGCAUAGAGUGCGUCUUGUAUCUGUGGUCUCUGAAGAUCUGGUAUCCGAACACGCUGUGGCUGCUUCGAGGAAACCACGAAUGCCGGCAUUUGACCGACUACUUCACCUUUAAGCUUGAGUGCAAGCACAAGUACUCGGAGGCCGUCUACGAGGCUUGCAUGGAAUCGUUCUGUGCAUUACCCCUCGCCGCGAUCAUGAACAAGCAGUUCUUGUGCAUACAUGGAGGGCUGAGCCCUGAGCUCCACACUCUGGAGGAUCUCAAGAGCAUUGACCGGUUCCGGGAGCCGCCCACGCAUGGGUUGAUGUGCGACAUUCUUUGGGCUGACCCGCUCGAGGAGUUUGGACAAGAGAAGACAAAUGACUUCUUCGUUCACAACCACGUCCGGGGAUGCUCAUACUUCUUCUCCUACCCUGCAGCAUGCGCCUUCCUUGAGAAGAACAACCUCUUGUCGAUCAUUCGCGCGCACGAAGCACAAGAUGCUGGCUACCGCAUGUACCGGAAGACGCGGACUACUGGCUUCCCCAGCGUCAUGACCAUUUUCAGUGCACCCAACUACCUGGACGUAUACAACAACAAAGCGGCGGUCUUGAAGUAUGAGAACAAUGUUAUGAACAUUCGACAGUUCAACUGCACGCCGCACCCAUACUGGCUACCCAACUUUAUGGACGUGUUCACAUGGUCGCUUCCUUUCGUUGGAGAGAAGAUCACCGAUAUGCUGAUUGCCAUCCUGAACACCUGCUCCAAGGAAGAGCUCGAGGAGGAGACACCCAGCUCCGUGGCUUCUGGACCCGCAUCGCCCCCGCUUCCUGCCAACAUGGAUCCCGAAUCAACGGAGUUCAAGCGACGAGCUAUCAAGAACAAGAUUUUGGCCAUCGGCAGACUCUCUCGCGUAUUCCAGGUAUUGCGUGAAGAGUCUGAGCGGGUUACUGAGCUGAAGACAGCGUCCGGGGGCCGAUUGCCCGCAGGUACCCUCAUGCUCGGCGCGGAAGGAAUCAAGCAGGCCAUACACAGCUUCGAAGACGCACGUAAGGUGGAUCUCCAGAACGAACGGCUGCCACCGAGCCACGACGAAGUGCGAAAGUCUCAGGAAGCGAGCCGAGAGCAGGCUCUCGAAAAAGCUAGCAAGGAGGCAGAGAACGAUGCGGGGCUCGCAACUGUCGCCCGAAGAAUCAGCAUGUCUUCUGGAUCCGGGCGCAGCAGGAGGAGCUAGUAACGGAUUGGGGAUUGAUGGCUCAAGUUGACGAACAGUGAUUGACUCUUGUUUUCUCUUUCGGCUGGGCAUUGUCCGUCUCAUCAAUAUACCACAUCAGGCGUAUUGCAGGCCGAAGGCUGGGACCUAGACGGAUAACCUUCGAUGAACGGUAGUAAUUUGCUGGUCGAAUGUCCAGCCCGUGCAGAAGCCCACGUAUAUGCAAUGAAACGAAUUUGGAAACUUCC